UUAUCGUACAUCGGUACAUGGGUCCGCGGGAUUCUCAUCCGUCAUUUUUUCCCUCGAUGAGUAAAUUUUAUUGUUUUGAUCGUUUACUUCGUAUUAAGACUACUGUUUGCACUUAAAUUUAUUUCACUGAAUUUUAUUUGCAUGAAAAGACAACCUAAAUAUGAGAACAACUAAUAUUCACUCAACCCAAAGGACACCCAACAAACCCACAGCAAUUGGAUUACGAAAUGGCCGCCUCAUAUCAAGCUAUUCAAGGUCGUUAGACGGAACGAGGCAGAUUCAAGCGAGCCUGACAUUUUAACCACCCCUUUCCUGCGGGUCUUCAGAUGUCUUCGAGCUCCCGAUUCUGCGCGUUGACACAACUUAAGCGUGGGGCUAUUAAUAUUGCCACUUCAUGUCAGGUUGGACAGAAGAAAGAUGUCUCUGUAACUCAAAGUGCGGAAGGAAUAAAGCUUGUCAGUUUACCACAGCUGUCACUUGGCUUUGGAUGUACACGAAUUGCACUAGUCGUAAAAUCUGGUUCGCGAUAUGAAUCCUCAAAAAAUCGUGGUAUAAGUCAUCUAGUACGUCGAAGCUUUGGAAUGUCCACUCCUGAGUUAACUAGUGUUAAUUUAACAAGACAUUUUCAACAAAUGGGUGCUCGCGUACUGUGCGCUACAACCCGUGAACAUAUGAUCUACACAGUAGAUGUCGCACCAAACUUUGCUUCCCGCGCUGGUUCCCUUUUAUGCUCUAUGGCUUCAUCUCCAUGUUAUUAUGCAUGGGAACUGAAAGAUAUUGUCUACAAGUUAAUGAACAAAGAUGUUGAUAUUCUCAACCGGCGCAAUUUAAACGAAUUGGGUAUGGAGUUGCUGCAUGAAGCAGCUUUUGGUACCAGUGACUCAGGAUGUGGUUUAGGAUAUUCACUGAUUUCACCAGCUGAUCGUAUCGGAUCUCACUCGAUUGAUCAAAUAAAUGAAUAUCAUUCACGCGGCUUUGUUGGAGGGAAGUGCGUUUUAGGCAUUGUUCAUCCCCAUUCCGACUUAAAUGGAAUGGAUAUAUUAAAAAAGGUGAAAAGUAGCAUUCAUCUCAAUCCUGCACAUCAAGAAAUUGGUUCAGGCGGUUAUGGGUUUGUUGGAGGCGAAAUAAGACGAGAUUUGAAUGCCGCGCCUACAGUAUAUGCUUACUUAGCAUGGCCUAUGCGUGGGUCCUGUACAAUUAGUGGUCUCAUUGUCUGCGCAUUGAAUGGGUCAUCCAGUCGUAUAGAGCAUGGCGGAAACGCUUCGAAAUCUCUGCUAGCUCGUACCGCUGCAGAAGGAGACAUUGAAACCGAAGUUGCAGCUUUCCGAAAACUGUAUAUCGAUCAUAGUCUUUUUGGUAUCGCUGUAGCUGGAGCUUGUUCUAAAGCAGUGGGAUCUAGAAUAAAGCGUAUCAUUUCGGUUUUACGGUCUUCAAGUUUUACUGAGGAAAAUCUCAAACAAGCAAAGCAAACUCUAAAGGCUGAUCUAAUGUUCAGGUACGAAAACCCAUUACAUUCUCUUGUGGAUAUUUCUACUAAUUUGCUUUCAUCAUCAGUUGAUCAAUUUAUAAAGCCGAUUGAAGUAGUUACAGAUCUGGAUAAGGUUGACUUGAAAUCUGUUAAUGAUGCUUUAAACAAAACUGUGAUGAAUCAUCAAGCAGCAUUUGCGUUGGUUGGUCCUAAUCUAGGCUUUAUUGAUCCUCUCCAGGUACUACUUAAAGAGUAAUUAUAUAUAUGUGCUAUCUUUCUUGCCUCUUUUCGUAAUCAAUUUAUCUGACAGUAGACGUCUUGGUAAUGAUACUUUUGAAAGGGACUUCACGCCGCUUGUAAUUGGGUAUAACUUUAGUAGUCUCUAUGAGUACUGUUAGUUUUCAAUGUUUUUUAAAAAAAUGUAGUUCGAAAAAUAAAGUUUUUCAGUGA